GACGUCGUCGCACGUCAGCGCCGGCGCGCGCCUGGCUGGGCCCUGUGGGGCGGGAGGGAAGCAGCUCUGGAGCGAGAACCGCGGCCGUCGCCCAGAACCUAGCCGCGCCGCCCGCCGCCCUCCUGCCCGCUCCGCGCCGCUUCGCGCCGGUCCGCUCGUUCGUGCUCCAGUUGCCGUGUCCUGCAGCGGGGGCCCAGCAUGGUCAUGGCGGAUGGCCCGAGGCACUUGCAGCGCGGGCCGGUCCGGGUGGGGUUCUACGACAUCGAGGGCACGCUGGGCAAGGGCAACUUCGCCGUGGUGAAGCUGGGGCGGCACCGGAUCACCAAGACGGAGGUGGCUAUAAAAAUAAUAGAUAAAUCUCAGCUGGACGCAGUAAACCUUGAGAAAAUCUACCGAGAAGUACAAAUAAUGAAAAUGCUUGAUCAUCCUCACAUAAUCAAACUUUAUCAGGUAAUGGAGACCAAAAGUAUGUUGUAUCUUGUGACAGAAUAUGCCAAAAACGGAGAAAUUUUUGAUUAUCUUGCUAAUCAUGGCCGGUUAAAUGAAUCUGAAGCCAGGAGAAAAUUCUGGCAAAUUUUGUCUGCUGUUGAUUAUUGCCAUGACCGAAAGAUUGUGCACCGUGACCUGAAGGCUGAAAAUCUCCUGCUGGAUAACAAUAUGAAUAUCAAAAUAGCAGAUUUUGGUUUUGGGAAUUUCUUUAAAACUGGUGAACUGCUGGCAACAUGGUGUGGCAGCCCCCCUUAUGCGGCCCCAGAAGUCUUUGAAGGGCAGCAAUACGAAGGACCACAGCUGGACAUAUGGAGCAUGGGAGUUGUCCUUUAUGUCCUUGUCUGUGGAGCUCUGCCUUUUGAUGGACCAACUCUCCCUAUUUUGAGGCAGAGGGUUUUGGAAGGAAGAUUCCGGAUUCCAUAUUUCAUGUCAGAAGAGUGUGAACACCUUAUUAGAAGGAUGUUGGUCCUAGAUCCUUCCAAACGGCUAAGCAUAGCUCAAAUCAAGGAGCACAAGUGGAUGCUUAUAGAAGUUCCUGUACAAAGACCUAUUCUCUAUCCACAAGAACAAGAAAACGAGCCGUCCAUCGGAGAAUUUAAUGAGCAGGUUCUGCGAUUAAUGCACAGCCUUGGAAUUGAUCAGCAGAAAACUAUUGAGUCUUUGCAAAACAAGAGCUAUAAUCACUUUGCUGCCAUUUAUUUCUUGUUGGUGGAACGUCUGAAAUCACAUAGGAGCAGUUUUCCUGUGGAGCAGAGACUUGAUGGCCGCCAGCGCCGGCCUAGCACCAUUGCGGAACAAACUGUUGCCAAGGCACAAACUGUGGGGCUCCCAGUGACCUUGCAUUCACCGAACGUGAGACUGAUGCGAUCUACCCUCCUCCCACAGGCAGCCAAUGUGGAGGCCUUUUCAUUUCCAACAUCCAGCUGUCAAGCAGAAGCUGCCUUUAUGGAGGAAGAGUGUGUGGAUACUCCUAAGGUGAAUGGCUGUCUGCUUGACCCUGUGCCCCCUGUCCUGGUGAGGAAGGGAUGCCAGUCACUGCCCAGCAAUAUGAUGGAGACCUCCAUUGAUGAAGGGUUGGAGACGGAAGGAGAGGCCGAGGAAGAUCCCAGUCAGGCCUUUGAAGCUUUCCAGGCCACACGGAGUGGGCAGCGACGGCACACUCUGUCAGAAGUGACUAACCAAUUGGUUGUGAUGCCUGGGGCAGGAAAAAUUUUCUCUAUGAGUGACAACCCCUCCCUUGACAGUGUGGACUCUGAGUACGAUAUGGGGUCUGUUCAGAGGGACAUGAACUUUCUGGAAGACAGCCCUUCCCUGAAGGACAUCAUGUUAGCUAAUCAGCCUUCACCCCGCAUAACAUCUCCUUUCAUAAGCCUCAGACCUACCAACCCAGCCAUGCAGGCUCUGAGCUCGCAGAAACGUGAGGUCCACAAUCGGUCCCCUGUGAGUUUCCGAGAAGGCCGCAGAGCAUCAGACACUUCCCUUACCCAAGGAAUUGUAGCAUUUAGACAACAUCUUCAGAAUCUUGCUAGAACCAAAGGAAUUCUGGAGUUGAACAAAGUACAGUUGCUAUAUGAACAAAUAGGAUCAGAGGCGGACCCUAACUUAACAUCAGCUGCUCCUCAGCUCCAAGACCUCUCAAGCAGCUGCCCUCAGGAGGAAGUCUCUGAGCAGCAGGAAGGUGUCUCCACACUCUCUGCCAGCAUGCAUCCUCAACUUUCUCCACAGCAGAGCUUAGAAACCCAGUACCUACAGCAUCGACUCCAGAAGCCCAAUCUUCUGCCAAAGGCCCAGAAUACUUGUCCAAUAUAUUGUAAAGAACCACCUCGGAGCCUGGAACAGCAGCUACAGGAACAUAGGCUCCAACAGAAGCGACUUUUCCUCCAGAAGCAGUCUCAGCUGCAAGCAUAUUUUAAUCAGAUGCAGAUAGCAGAGAGCUCCUACCCUCGACCAAGUCAGCAGCUGGCUCUUCCCCACCAGGAGACUCCACCGCCAUCCCAGCAGCCCCCACCAUUCAGCCUAAGCCAGCCCCUGAGCCCAGUCCUCGAGCCCUCUUCUGAGCAGAUGCAAUUUAGCCCUUUCCUCAACCAGUACCGGGAGAUGCAGUUGCAGCCCCUGCCUUCUGCACCCAGCCCCCGGGCUCCACAUCCCUUACCCUCACAAUUGCAGCAGCCACCCCCACCACCCCCUCCUCCUCCACCUCAGCAGCAUGAAGCUGCUCCAGCCCCCUUACAGUUCUCCUAUCAGACUUGUGAGCUCCCAAGCACCACCUCCUCUGCACCAGACUAUCCUGCUCCCUGUCGCUAUCCAGUGGAUGGAGCCCAGCAGGGCAACCUCACAGGCACGGACUGUCCCAGGAGCUCAGGACUUCCGGAGACCCCAUCCAGCUACGACCCACUGGCCCUCUCUGAGCUCCCUGGACUCUUUGAUUGUGAAAUGCUAGAAGCUGUGGAUCCACAACACAAUGGAUUGAAAAUGGGGGCCGCUCAUUUCAGGACCGCAGGAACAGCACCGCUACAGAUUGGCAUAAACCCCUGCCUGCCCCCCAACAGGGCUGUGAGCUGUGUAGCCCCAGGAGACCUAGCAGCUAUGGCAGGACAGUUAGGCGACAGAUGAGGGGCUGCGGAGAGGCUGUCAGAAGGUUCAAGGCUGCAGAGAGAAGCCGGGAGCACCAACAGCCAGCCUGGUAGGCACUGACACUCUGAGCGCAGGGGAGGACAGUCGCCUGGUGAAGAGCACCAACCAUCCUGCUGGAUCCUGUCGUCAGCUCCGGUUCGCUCCUCUCACUCCUUCCAAGUAGAAACCCCUAAUCCGUGGCUACCUUUAUUUCCCAAGAUGGAAGCUGGUGAGAGCAGAUGGGGCCUGGUGGUCAGCUCAUCUGAUUGCUUUUGUUGCUGCUGCUGUCCCCUAACUAGUGACCAUGGAAGCUUCCAAGCCGUUUCUCCUCACAAGUACUAAAGUAACACUAAGAAGGCUUAGGCCCACUCUUGCUGAGAGGCAGCUUUGAAAUACUGACAUGCUCACUUGUCACUUCACAUCAGCAGUGUGUACACUACUGUAUAGUAACCCUUAGCUUUGUUAUGUUGUAAACCAGCCUCUCCAAAGAGACUGGUGAUUCAAACAUAAGGUAAAAUUUUCAUUCGGCAAAAAGUGCAAUCUGUGUGGUACUUUUUUAUUUUUGGUUAUGGGCUUUUGUUCCCCAGGGUAUCACUCUCUGCUUUGGGGGAAAUGCAUUAGUUCUGCAGUCUCCAGUUGUGCAAGUGUAUCUCUAGUAUUUACAUGCAACUGACAUGCUGGUCCCUGUAAGGCAAACGGAGGGUGUUAAUGCAACAGGAAGACCACGGGUUGUGGGGUCCCCCUCCUCUAUUCCCAGGGAGCUGCCUGGCCAGCGCCAACCCUCACCCUGCCCAGACUUGGCCUGUCUGAACUGCCUUCCCACCACCUUGGGAACAAAGACAGGGGCAGUUCUGUGCCCACCACCCUCCAGAAUCUACCCAGUGGGAGAUAGUGAGGCCCCUGGGGGAAAGCCUUUGGGACUGAUGUGACGUGUAAGAGCUGGUCUGAGCAAAGCCCUUCCUUUUGCUUUGCAUCCUAGGAAAAAGAAGGCCAAGGUCCCUCUAUCUCAGACAUCAAGAUCAGAACUGUUUAAAUCCUGGCCUGGUGUUGGGAGGUAGGACUUAAGCCUUUGCCUGCCACGCUCCCUCCACAUUUGUUUAGUGGAGUCUGCAUUGUUGCAGGGUCCCCACCCCACACCCCCAGUACCACCCAGCCUGUGGGGCCGUACCCUCUGCCCUGACCCAGAACACUCCAGUACUAGGGCACUCAGCAAGAACCCAUCACAGGCCUCUCUACCUGUACCCCAGGAGCCAUUAUACCUAAGACAGGGAGGGAUACUAGGACUGGGGAAAAGGGAGUGUUCUCUGAUGGAAGGUGACAAGGUGAUGAGCCAGAAACUGAAGGAACCCAAAAGGUAGCAGCUUCUAGGGCCGCAAGUGUGCCAGCAGCUCAGGACAUGGGGACCCAGUGGGCUCUCCUUCAUCUCUGGGGUUCUCUAGCCUCUAAAUAAGCCUGUUUCUUACAUCUAUGAGGACCAGAGUUUCUCUGCUUUGAUUACACGUUUACACUCACAUCAACAGUGAGUUAGGCUCUAUUGGUUUAAAGAAAAUUCACAGUCCAGGGGACUUUCCCAUUCCUCCCCUUUAGACAGUAUAGAGUGUCAUUUGAUGACACUGACCCCAGUGGGCAGUUGCAGAACCCCUGUGCCAGGGCUGACCUUUGCUGCGUUUGUACCCCUAAGCUGGGCUGCCUCUACUGCCUCCUCGGAAGCCACCCGAGCCGCUCGGUCUCUCUGUGCCUAGACAUCAAAGGUAAAAACUGGAGAACAGGUAGUGAGUUGGAGUCAUUGCCCAGGCAGGGAUCUGUAUCAUUUUGUUGCUUCUGGAAAUUUUUUAUAGAACUUACCUUCAGAGUGCUUUGUGGGGGAAAGAGCAGUAUCAUCAGCCUGUUUCAACACUGGACAAAACACACUUCAAAACUUAUACACACACACACACACACACACACACACACACACACACACACA